CUCACCUACUACGGGGCACAGAAGGAGCGGCGCCUCAAGCGCCAGGGUUGGACCAAACCCAACGCGUUCCACGUCUGCAUCACCUCCUACAAGCUGGUGCUGCAGGACCACCAGGCUUUCCGCCGCAAGAACUGGAAAUAUCUCAUCCUGGACGAGGCGCAGAACAUCAAAAAUUUCAAAUCCCAACGCUGGCAGUCGCUCCUCAACUUCAACAGCCAGCGGCGGUUGCUGCUGACGGGGACGCCGCUGCAGAACAGCCUGAUGGAGCUCUGGUCACUCAUGCACUUCCUCAUGCCCCGCGUCUUCCAGUCCCACCGCGAGUUCAAGGAGUGGUUCUCCAACCCCCUCACCGGCAUGAUCGAGGGCAGCCAGGAGUACAACGAGAGCCUGGUCAAGAGGCUCCACAAGGUGCUCCGCCCCUUCCUUCUCCGCCGCCUGAAGGUGGACGUGGAGAAGCAGAUGCCCAAGAAAUACGAGCACGUCCUCAAAUGCCGCCUCUCCAAGCGCCAACGUUACCUCUAC